GUGGUAUAACCACACUGCAUUUCCUCUUCAGCUUUUUCAAAGCAGAGUGGAAAGUUUGUUGUUCAAACCGCAGCGUCCUUCCUACCCCUGAGUGCACACGCUAUAUAAGUGUGGCUGUCACGCGCCUCCGUCCAUCUGCAUCUGGACCGCCAUGAGGGGCAUGACCGUCUUUGCGCUGUGCGUGCUGGCCUCCGCCGUCAUUUUGUCCGCCCGCUGCAACAAUUCCAGCGGUCCUGACCACUGCUGCUUCAAACAUUACCCCGUCAAAGUCCCCCAAAGAUUCAUAAAGUCGUACGCCUUGACUGACAGCAGAUGCCCCGUCAUUGGAGUCAUUCUGGUGACUAAAAAAAAUCUUCACAUCUGUGCCAACCCCAAAGACUUCUGGGUGGAGAGAAUCAUGAAACAUUUGGAUGAAUCCACCAUGUGAUGUGUUUACUUUCUCUUUCAUUAUUUUUAUUAUUAUUAUGCACUUAUAGUCCAGUCUAUCCAUGUUACUUUAGAAUAAGGUCAUGUAGUUUGAACUUCUGCUUUUGUCUGGUUUUGUGGGCUUUUGCCCAGAAAUGCAUUUAUUACUCUGAAUAAACAGUCAUUCACAGAAA